AAGAAAACAAUGGGUCGGCGGAAGAUUGAAAUUCGGAAAAUUGACAAUAAAAACAGUCUUCAGGUUACCUUCUCAAAGAGGCGAAGCGGUCUUUUCAAAAAGGCAGCGGAAACGAGCCUAUUGUGUGGCGCAAAUAUUGCAAUCCUCAUCCAAUCUCCGGGGAACAAAUUUUUCACUUUUGGCGAACCCUCGGUGGAAUCCAUUCUAAACCGGUACCAAUUUCUUGAUUAUUCAUUUUCUACCGAGUCAAAUCCGACUGCCCACAAUCUUUUGGUUGAAGAAAGAAGUGAAAACAAUGAGGCAACGAGGGGAUUUUGGUGGCUGAACGAAAACAUGGAAACUAUGGAGUUGCAGGAACUUGAAGCAUUUGAAGAGAAAUUGAACUUUUUGCUUCAAGCAAGGGAGAUGAACCGGUACCAAUUUUUUGAUGAUUCCUUUUCUACUGAGUCAAACCCAAUUGCCCACAAUCUUUUGGUUGAAGAAAGAAUUGAAAAUGAUGAGGCAACGAGGGGAUUUUGGGGGCAGAACGAAAACUUGGAAACUAUGGAUUUGCAGGAACUUGAAGCAUUUGAAGAGGAAUUGAACGCUUUGCUUCAAGCAGGGGAGAUGAAUAAACAAAUUGCUUCAGCUUCUUGUUCGAUGAUUCCGCUUCCACACCUGUAGGGUUUUAACGAAAAUUUUGACGUCGUCUGAUUUUUGAGUUACACAUUACGUAUAUAAACGGACAGGAUUAGGUUU